AUGAUUGCUGAUAAAUUAGUUUCACACCUAGCUAUUUUGUUGGUAAUAGCACAUCCCGAUGAUGAAACAUUAUACGUUGGUCUUCUUCAUGCAAUGGUACACAAAUUGAAUGCUACCUUAGAUUUAUGUUGUGUAACAAAUGGUGAGGGUGGUUAUCGUUAUUCUCAACCAUCUGAAAGUUUGUACGGUUUAAAAUUAUCAGAUGAAAUAAUUGCUCGUGCACACUUGCCACGAAUUCGUAAAGCAGAAUUACAAGCCAGUGGAAAAAUAUUAGGUGUACGCAAAUAUUUCUAUUUGGAACAAAAAGAUUUAAAAUAUAGUCAAAAUAUUGAAGAAGUAUUUCUUGAACAAUGGGAUCAAGAAUUAGUUAUUAAACAUUUAUCAAACAUCAUUUUGACGGGAAAUAAUCAGAAUGGUUAUGAUAUUGUGUUUGUCAUGUUACCAAAUCCAUCCUCGCAUGGUCAUCAUUCAGGAGCAGCUUUAUCAACGUUAAACGCCAUUAACUUAAUACAGAUGAAUCAGACAACGACUAAUAUAAUGGAUUCAUCGAACAAAAUACCCAUUAUUCUUGGUGCUAGCGAAUUUAGUCUUGUAGGAGAAAAUUUUGACUAUAGUACAAAACAUUUGAUCAAUGAACAAUGGUAUAAAGAACUAGUGAACAGAUAUCCGUUGUCAAAAAUAGAUGAAACAUCACCGAUGUUUACAUUUAACCGUACAUGGAGAUUAUCAAAUGAAUUUGAACAUGAUUCAAUUCAUUUGAAUUAUCACUUAAUUUCAAUAUGGAUGUCUGCGGAGCAUAAAACGCAAGGAAGUUUAAUCCCAGAAACAAGAUCAGUAUUAGCUAGAGAUAUUGAACAAUAUUUCUAUUUCCAAUUAAAUCAUAAUUAUAUGGAUAACAAAAAUGGCGUGGAAAAAAUAGAGCACAUUCUAAACAAGCUCAAAACAGAACAUAAUAUAUCUACUGAUAAAUGA